GUUUCAGGGCGCGGGGAGCACGGCCCGCGGCGUAGCCUGGGGUUAAGCGGCCUCUCCCGCCGCCGGGCAGAGAGACCCGAGAGAAGGAGGCGAUGGGGCGCUCCGGGGAGCCGCCGUCCCCCGGGCACCGGCAGGGGAGUGGGCGACCAUGAAUUGCAGUCCUGCCCUCCAAGCCGCCAUCGACCUGACCGCGGGGGCCCUCGGGGGCACAGCGUGCGUCCUGACCCGGCAGCCCUUCGACACGAUGAAAGUGAAGAUGCAGACGUUCCCCGGUCUCUACAAGGGCCUCGCCGACUGCGGCCUGAAGACCUACGCCCAGGUGGGCCUGCGGGGCUUCUACAAGGGGACCGGCCCCGCGCUGAUGGCCUACGUCGCCGAGAACUCGGUCCUCUUUAUGUGCUACGGCUUCUGCCAACAGUUCGUCGGGAAAGUGGUUGGACUGGACCAGCAGGAGAAGCUGAGUCAUCUGCAGACGGCGGCCGCCGGUUCCUCCGCCUCCGCCUUUGCCGCGCUGGCCCUGUGCCCCACGGAGCUUGUCAAGUGCCGGCUGCAGACCAUGCACGAACUGGAGAUGUCAGGGAGGCUGGCAAAAAGCCCUAAGACGGUUUGGGGCGUCGUGAAGAGCAUCCUUCGAAAGGAUGGGCCCUUGGGCUUCUACCACGGACUCUCGAGCACUCUGCUUCAAGAAGUGCCGGGCUAUUUCUUCUUCUUCGGUGGCUAUGAACUGAGCCGAUCGUUUUUUGCCUCAGGGGGAUCAAAAGAUGAACUAGGCUCUGUCCCCUUGAUGUUAAGUGGUGGAAUUGCUGGAAUUUGCCUUUGGCUUCUCAUAUACCCUGUGGAUUUUGUCAAAUCCAGAAUUCAGGUUCUUUCCAUGUUUGGAAAGCAGGCAGGAUUUAUGGGAACUCUUUUAAGUGUUGUGAAAAAUGAAGGAAUAGCAGCCUUAUAUUCUGGAAUGAAAGCUACUUUGAUUCGAGCCUUCCCUGCCAAUGGGUCACUGUUUUUGGCUUAUGAAUACAGCAGGAAGAUGAUGAUGAGCCAGUUUGAAGCAUAAUCGAAGUGUCUUGAUGAAUCUGGAUCCAAGUACAGGAUCCAAGUACAGGCCUUUGAGCGCUAUCAUUGAAUUUAGGGUUUCAUGGAGGACUGGACCAAUGAAUUAUUUUGUACUUCAUAGGAAUUUUUUGUCUUACCUUCUUAUACUCUAAAUCUUAAAGUUUAUGGGAGAAUCUCUUUUAUAUCAUAUGAUUUCUGCCCAUAACUAUUGAAAUAGAAAAGUCGCUGCUCUUGUGUUUUGGUGAGAAGAGUGGGUGGCCCUAGGUACCUAAUCUGAGAGGUUAAAUAUACUUGCAUCAAGAGGCUUUUGCAUAAAUCAGCACGCUGCGUGCAGUCUGGUUGGUUAUGUGUUGUGAGUGAAGCACAGUUUGGUUCCCAUAUUUCAUUUCAUGUCACCAGAAAAACUUAAUUAACCAUGUUCCCUGAAGGUGGUUAUAAAUAAUUGCUUAAUCCAUUCAAGAUUUGGGUCUCUAUAAGACUCUGCUUAAUAUGUGCACCGUACUAGCAAAUUAAAGUUUUUAAAAAGUCCUUGAAAACCCGAAUACCCAUCUAGAUGUCUUUGGGCAUCCACAAUGUUUUCCUGAUUUCUUUAUUGAGAUCACAUUGAUUUAUAACAUUAUAUUUCUGUUUCUGCAUACCCUGCGACAUGCUCCCACCAAAAGUGUUUCAUCCCUCUCCAUACAGUUGAUUCCCUUUAUCCAUAUCCUUCCC